AUGGUAUCCAAAGCAACUUCUUUUAGUUAUAUUCAGGAAAAUUCUAAGGAGAAAGAAAUAGAUUGGACUGAAUUUUUCCAAUUAGAAUUCGGAUUUAUUUUCUCAGAUUACGGCAUAGAAAAAGCGAAAAAAAAAGCCUUUGACAUCGUCGAAUUGCCCGACAUGACAUUCAAUGAUACAGUAACUCAAAAAACAUAUAGCUUAUCACAACAUAACUUGAAAGAGGAAACUUUUAUUGCAUUCAAUGAUAUUGCAAUCGAACCAAACUCUAUCGAAAGAUUCUUAAAUGCGGGACUGAUUCAUAAUUGCUCGAUGAAAUAUUGGUUUAAUGGUGAAGAAAGCAAAUUAACCAAUUACAUAUAUUUUACAAUAGAUAUAUCUAAAGAUCAUAUAAAGCUGAGUGAAUCAUAUUCAAAAGAAAUUCAAAAACUAACGGAAUAUAACAAUCCGUAUCCAAAAUUAAGAUCAUUCUUUAAAGAAUAUGGUUACUUCUAUGAGUCAAAAGUUACAAUCGGAGCUAAAUUUGAUCGAUCAUUUGAAUCCUAUUCAAAAUACUUCUGCGAUAAAAUUAAUAAGUCGAAUUUAAGCAAAGAUGAUUUGCAGUCAUAUUUAAAUGAAUUCGAGGAAUCCGUAAAACCAUUUGACAGUUCAUAUUUAUGCGAUUAUAACUUAUAUCUAAUUAAAAUAAAAAACAUUGCAAAAUGGCUUAUUGCAAUUUCCGAUCUUAAAACCGAAUGGAAAAUGUUUAAACGACAAGUUACACCCUUAUAUCAUAAUCUAGAAGAACCUAUCCGCAAACAACUUGAUUAUUUGCUUGGAUCGAAAAGCCAUAUUCUGAUGUUUGGAAGAGUUCAGGUCAACGAUUGCAAAAGGAUAAAAUUUUCGGAACCUCUUCAUGAAGCUAGCUACCAUAUUUUUGGUCGUACAACUUGUGAAAGUGAUAAAAAAGCUGUUCCAAAAUUUAAAUAUCUUAAUGUAGAAGGUUUCGAAAUUUCAAUCGAAUCAUCCGAAAAUGUGGGCGAGAUACAAUCCACAAAGCAUAUAGUAACUUGGAUAAUGGUUGGAAUCCCUUAUAAAAUUGGAUAUUCUAAUCCAUCUGUUCGUAAUUUAGAAAUACUGAUUGGCUCGGUUCCAGUCAAGGAACGAAAAGCGGAGUUAAAAGUUAAUCAAACUCUUUGUCCAGGUUACAUUCUUACAACAUCAUUUAUUUAUCCUUAUUCAAAAGUCGAACCAAAUUUUGAUUUUGAAAUUUCAUCCUGGUCGAGUCAAGGAAUCAUCAGUCUCGAAAUAAUUGGUCCAACAAAUGAUGAUUUUUUAGAUAAUAACGAUAAAGAAAGUAUAACAUUGUCUUGGUGUUUGAUACAAGCCACACCAACGAAGUUAGAGAAAAAAGACUCGAGAUUUGCGGUAUGCAAUCAUGUUGGUCAUGUGUUGAAACAACAAGACGAGAAAAAAGAAGUAAAUUUAAGGAUAAACGAGAAAAAAGUAAUAAAUAACUUAGGGCAAAUAAUUAAAGAACAUUUUAUUAAUUUAAGAACAGAAAAAAUCAUUAUUUUUUCUACUCCAAAAGAUAAUAAUUGCGCCGUAGCUAUAACCAGAGUCAAUAAUGAUUAUUGUUAUGCUGUGAGAUUAGUUAUUUAUGAUCCGAUAGCGAAGGAUAUAAGAUGUCCUGAUAAAAAUCCGGUUAACGUUGACGGAUUUAAAAAAGCAUUACGUCAAGCCAUAGACAUCAAAUUAGACAAAGAAGUUAAUGAUACGUUAGAAAUAAAAAACUUAACUUCUCAGAAUGCCAGAACUAUCCUCCUUAUUGGUCGUACCGGUUCGGGAAAAUCUACUCUUGCCAAUGUUUUCACUAAUACUACGAAGUUUUUGGAAGACGAAUUUAUGGUUGAGGAAACUUGUAAUAACCAAAGUGAAGAGGUCGUAAUAGAAGGAAUCAGAUAUAAUAUUCUCGAUACACCAGGUUUCGCAGGUACAAAAUUUCUCCCUGAAGAAAUUUAUAAAAAAAUAGCAGAAGGUGCUAGUCAAGCUAUGGAUAGUCUAUAUCAAAUCUUCUUUGUCACUGAUGGUAAACUUACACAGGAAGAGACGGAUUUUUACAAUUUGCUAAGAACAAUUAUUUUCGAUGAAAAUGUUGGUCAGUAUACUACAUUGGUCCAUACUCAUUUUCCUAGUUUUCGGGACAAAAAAUUGUUUUACGACGACAUAAAUAAUAUGAAUAACGAAAACAACGAUAUUGCAAACUUGUUUUAUUCCUGUCGCGAUAUCAUUUAUGUCAAUAAUCCCCCGCUAAAUGAAGUAAACAAUGAUAUUGAGAUGUGUAAAAAAAUAAGGAACGCCUCGCGGGUGAUAUUAAUAAAUACUUUGAGCACUUGCGGAAAGAAAGCUUAUAGAGCAAAAUGUUUGAGCCAUAGAAUCAAAGAGCCAAUCGUCAGAGAAAAAAUAUUGCAACGAGACUUGGAAGUUAUUGCCGAAAAUGACCCUCAUAAAGAAUUACUAGCAAUUCUAUAUAGAGAAAUAAUAGAGGAACUAGGAGCUUAUGCUUCACAACAAGCCC